GUUGCCUGUUCUCUGUUGAUGUGAAUCACCUCCGAUUAGAGGGGACCGCGGCUCCCUAUUUAGGAAUUGCCAGCUCGCAAAAGUUUCUAAGCAGGAAGCUGACUCCACGCAACUGGGGUGGAGGAGGAGGAGAGAGAAAAAAAAAAGUUUCGCUCACUUCUCUCCUUGGCGGAGCCCCUCCCCGCUCCGAGGGGAGAGCUAGAGAUGCUGCUACUUGCAACAGGCUGCUAUAGUAGCAGCGGCAGCCUGAGUAACACGUCCCCAGGAGACUAGCAGGAGCAACACGUGAUGUGUCUACUUAUCAGGGGAGAAGAGGAGGAAGGGAAGUUACUGUGGAGUUGAUGAACUUUGCACAUCCACAGAAACGCCAUUUUGAUUCCUUUUUCCGGAACAACUUUGCGUCUCUUUCCCCCCCCCCCUUCACCAACCCAUCAUCAGUGCAUCAUGUCUCGACGCAAACAGCCCAGCCCCAGCAAAAGCAAGCGCUGCUCUGUACUGGUGCUCCAGCAGUGGUGACAGUGAGGUGACGCUACCAGUAAACUUCUCUGCCGUUGGGGCCUCGCCAGCACCAAUACUUCAGUAGCCAGGGCAGACUUGGUAUUAAAAAAGUACUAGAGGGUGCUAUAGAGGAUCUAGACUCUGCUAAGCCUAAUACACUAAGUGGGGAGAGCAGCAAGCAAGAAGAAAACCUCAUUGUUCAGCAGUCAAAGGAGGAAAAUGAAGAGAAGCAGCUCAAAAGCUUAACCAAUUACAAGACACCAACUUUACCAAACAGUUUGGAAGGUACAGACUUGUCGUCCAUUGAUGCCAUGAUGUCAGCAGUAAUGAGUGUGGGGAAGAUCGCUGAAAAUGGCGGGAACUCUCAAAACAUCAAGUCCCCAUCGAAGUCUCCUGCACCAAAUCGGAUUGGCAGGAGGAACCAGGAAACAAAAGAAGAGAAGUCUUCCUAUACCUGUCCUCUGUGUGAGAAGAUUUGCACUACACAGCACCAGCUAACUAUGCACAUUCGUCAGCAUAACACUGACACUGGAGGGACAGACCAUUCCUGCAGCAUCUGUGGAAAGUCUCUGAGCUCAGCAAGCUCCCUUGAUCGCCACAUGCUGGUGCACUCAGGUGAAAGGCCUUAUAAAUGUUCAGUAUGUGGACAAUCCUUCACCACCAAUGGGAACAUGCACAGACACAUGAAGAUUCACGAGAAGGAUCCAAACAGCACUGCAAGUACUACUCCCCCAUCUCCUCUGAAGCGCAGACGUUUGUCCUGUAAGAGGAAACUUAGUCAUGAGCCUGAGACAGACAGAGAGGAACGAACCCCAGCAAAAAAGGUUGUCGAGGAGGCUCAGUCCAGUGAAGUGGAGAAGAAGGCUGAGGAGGAAGUUUAUCGUUGUCCAGUGUGUUUCAAAGAAUUUGUAUGCAAGUAUGGGCUGGAGACCCAUAUGGAGACCCAUCCAGAUACCUCACUGAGGUGUGACACUUGUUGUAUUACCUUUCGCACUCAUCGGGGUUUGCUGCGUCAUAAUGCAGUUAUUCACAAGCAGCUUCCAAGAGACCCAUUGGGAAAGCCUUUCAUUCAGAACAAUCCUUCAAUUCCAGCAGGCUUCCAUGAUUUGGGAUUCACAGACUUCUCCUGUAGGAAAUUCCCCCGCAUUUCUCAGGUCUGGUGUGAAACGAAUCUGCGAAGAUGCAUCAGUGAAUUUCAUCGGUUUAUUUGCGAGACAUGUAACAAGGCAUUCCCCAUGCAUUCGGCACUCAAACUGCACACAGAAACCCAUAUGGUUGAUCAGGGAAAAGAAAAGCACAAACCGCAGGUAAAGACCCCAGCUGGUGAGAACCCAGACCAGAAAGUCUACAUGGCGUCCUUGGGCCUACAGCACACCAAAGACAUCAAGCCUGUCAAACAGGAGGAGGUUAUGCAAGAUGAGGUCCAAGACAUGCAGCUUAGAACACUGAAGAGUAACCUACCUCAGGAACCUGGCAGCACUAGCCUGCUGAACAUGUCUGCUCUGGAAGCUGCUUCCAUGGGAGGUUCUUUUUCUGUCCUUCCGCCUACAAAAGAGAAUAUGAAGCUCCUGUCGCUGCAGCCUUUCCAGAAGGGCUUUAUCAUUCAGCCCGACAGCAGUAUUGUGGUCAAACCCAUCUCCAACGAGUCUGCCAUUGAACUGGCCGACAUUCAGCAGAUCUUGAAGAUGGCUUCUUCAGCUCCUCCUCAGAUAAGUCUUCCGCCACUUUCUAAGGCACCUCCUAUCCCUGUGCAGUCUAUUUUCAAGCAUAUGCCUCCACUAAAGCCAAAGCCCUUGGUGGCUCCUCGAACAGUCGUAGCGACCUCUACGCCGCCUCCACUGAUCAGUGCACAGCAAGCCUCGCCUGGGUGCAUCAGUCCAAGCCUUCCCCCGCCGCCACUGAGGCUGAUCAAAAACUCUGUGGAGUCCGCUUCCAGGGCUCACCUUACGCAGUCCAAAUCAGGAAACAAAUCCAGUCCUUCUUCACAUUUGUUCCCUCAGCCCAAGACAGAGCCACUGAGUCAGCACGAAAUGAAAACCCAGCUGGAACAAGAUAGUAUCAUAGAAGCCCUGUUGCCUUUGAGUAUGGAAGCCAAGAUCAAGCAAGAGGUCACAGAAGGGGACCUCAAGGCCAUCAUUGCGGGGGCCACAAACAAGAAAGCACCAGCAAUGAGGAAAGUCUUGUACCCGUGUCGCUUCUGCGACCAGGUGUUCGCCUUCUCUGGUGUCUUGAGGGCUCACAUUCGCUCUCACUUGGGCAUCUCCCCUUACCAGUGCAACAUCUGCGAAUACAUUGCAGCUGACAAGGCAGCACUGAUUCGGCACCUGCGAACACACAGUGGAGAGAGGCCGUACAUCUGUAAAAUUUGCCACUACCCUUUCACAGUGAAAGCCAACUGUGAGAGGCACCUGCGCAAAAAGCACCUCAAAGUGACCAGGAAGGACAUAGAAAAGAACAUUGAGUAUGUCACCAGCAAUGCGGCGGAGAUGGUGGAUGCUUUCUGCUCCCCUGACACAGUGUGCAAAUUCUGCGGUGAGGACCUCAAGCAUUAUCGCGCCCUGCGCAUCCACAUGAGGACUCACAGUGGCUGCCAGAAGAAGAAGCCGUUUGAGUGCAAAGAGUGCGGCACUGCCUUCUCAGCCAAGCGAAACUGCAUUCACCAUAUCCUCAAGCAACACUUACAUGUGCAAGAGAGGGAGAUAGAGAACUACAUCCUGGCAGUGGACUGCAGUCCUCAGGAAAACCAGCCAGACCCUCCACUACUGGAGGACAGCACUUACAUGGACCGCAAAUCCAUCACGUCUUUCCUGGAAUCGCAGAAUGGCUUUUUGCGGGGGGCACCUUCUCAUGUUCCAAUCAAACUUGAACCUGCAAAUAAUUUCCCGAUGGACUUUGACGAGCCCUUAGACUUCUCGCAAAAGAACAAAAACUUAAGCACAGUGCAAGUGAAGCAGGAGAACCUGUUUGGCACCUCUUCCUUGUCUCACUAUGACUGUUCCAUGGAGCCCAUAGACCUGUCAAUUCCCAAAGCCCUCAAGAAGGAUAAAGAUGAUGUCCAGAGUGAAGCCAAGAAACAAGACCAAGUUUCUGGGAAUAGUGACAAGCUCUAUAACUGUCAGCAGUGCCCUCUGGCCUUCAGUACCAACGGAAGCGUGGAGAAAAAUGGAGCCCUCAAACAUUCGCAGCCACUGAAGGGUCCCUUGCAUUUGACUGUCCCAAUCAUUUCCCCAGCUCUUCUUGGCAACCCUGGCUUGCUGCGACCCUUAAGGCCUAAGCCACCACCUCUUUUGCCAAAGCCUCCGGUAACUAAAGAGCUGCCACCUCUGGCUUCUAUUGCCCAGAUCAUUUCAUCUGUGUCUUCUGCUCCUGCUUUGCUGAAAACAGAGGUAACAGACUCCAGUCCCAAGGCAGCCAGCAGCUCUGCUGGUUCUGAUAAAUCAGGGAACUCCAAACCAAAAGCGACAAUCACGAUGGCUAUCCAGAAAGAUUCCAGCCUUCCCAGUGACCUUACUCAGAAGGCGUACAAUCCAAAUGUUCCAGAGAAGUCUCCUGUUGCUGAUGCUGGAUUGGCUAAGAAAAGAGGUAGGAAGAAAGGAACGAAAAACAAGCCUAAAGCGAGCAGUGGUGUGGACCUGGAGUCAAGCGGGGAGUUUGCUAGCAUAGAGAAGAUGCUAGCUACCACAGACACUAAUAAAUUUAGUCCAUUUCUGCAGUCCACUGAUAAUUUCAAAGAGGAAGCUGACAGAAACGGCACAAGUGAAGACGAGAGAGAAACUGCCGACGAUAAGCUGCUGAGAGGAAAGAGGAAUGCUUACUCAAACUGCCUGCAAAAAAUCACCUGUCCUUAUUGUCCCCGAGUCUUUCCUUGGGCGAGUUCCUUGCAGCGCCACAUGCUCACUCACACAGGUCAGAAGCCCUUCCCCUGUCAAAAAUGUGAUGUCUUCUUUUCUACCAAAUCUAACUGUGAACGCCACCUCUUGCGCAAACAUGGAGUUGCCAACUGCUCUCUGAGAAGAAACGGGCUUAUCCCCCACUCUAAAGAAAGUGAUGCUGGAUCUCAUGAUAGCACAGACAGUCAGUCAGAUCUGGAAACUCUAGGUGGGGUGCUGGAUCUGACCUCCUGCGAGAGAGAGCAACCAGAGGAAGAAACGGAGCUACCGGAAAACAAAUGCAGUCCCAAACAGGAGCAAAAGGUUGACUCACCCCAAGGAGAAGAGGAUGCACAAGAAAAACCAGAUGAGUAUGAAGAGGGACCGGAGGAAGACUCUGUAAGUAACAAAAGCCUUGACCUCAAUUUUGCCAGUAAGCUGAUGGACUUUAAGCUGGCAGAGAGUGACCAGAGUGCAGGUAACUGCUCUCAGAGCGAAAAGAAACACGCCUGUGACGUUUGUGGGAAAACCUUCAAAUUUGCUGGCACUCUUGGCCGGCACAAAAAGGCCCAUGCUCGUGAGGACAGAAAGGAUGAAAAGAGCAGUGAGGAUGAAAGCAAAAGUGUUCAGGAGGAAGCUGGAGCGCCCCCAAAGCAAGACUCCACUCUUGAUCAGGAAGAGCCCCCAAUGGACUUAAAGGUGCUAGAAUCUUCUGUGGACUGUGAGGCAACAGGAAAGGAGAAUGAAGAGAGCGAAAGCAUCUCUGAGGGAGAGAGCACAGAGAGAAAAUCCUGUGAGAAGAGUGAUGACGACAAAAAACCAAAGACUAAUGGGGCUAAGAGUACCACAAAGGCAGACAAGAGGAAGAAAGUCUGUACUGUGUGCAACAAGCGGUUUUGGUCUCUACAGGACUUGACACGACACAUGAGAUCCCAUACAGGAGAGAGACCAUACAAAUGUCAGACCUGUGAACGGACCUUCACUCUGAAACACAGCCUGGUUCGUCAUCAGCGCAUACACCAGAAGGUCAAGAACGCUAGGAACCAUGAGAAGGAGAGUGACAAAGAAGAGACCCAGUCUAGGUGUGAAGAAGACAGUGAAAAUGAGUCUAUCCACAGUGGCACUAACCCCAUCUCAGAAAAUGAGUGUGACUCAGUUGCAGGCCUUGGUAACCAUUCAUCUGUCUCUAGAAACCGAAAAGAAAGUCUGGCCAAUGCAGCAAAGGAUUCCCUUUGCAGAGAGGAGAAAACCCCUGGACGAACAGCCAGUACUUGCCUUGCAGAGUCCAGCAAGAAUGCACAGAAACAGAUCACAAAAGAUCAGGAAUCUCGGGGUAACUGUGAUCACGAGAGUCCAUCAGGUUUCAUUCAGGACUUGCUGGAGAUGCACAACAAAAAAUCUCCCAUGAAUCACAUUCUUGCCUCUGCAGAUAGUACACCUCAGCUUUUGGGAGUUGAGUGAAUUCUUACUAUGAAAUUGGACCCAUCCCAGCAUACAAACUAAAACCAGCAGAGCAAGGUUUUUGGAGUAUAUUUUGUAAGAGUGACCUUCAGCUGUGGGAUAGUAUGGCAGACUGGAUUCAGUGCCAUAUGCCUUUCAGUAUAAUAAUGCAAGAGACUACAGUAUAUACUGAUUUGAGUGCCUUACUACUUUAUUAGAUCUUUUGGUAUCAUAGGUUUUUUUCAAAAAAAAAAAUGAUUUUUUUGUAAUAUUUUAAUGAAUUAUUUGGAGAGGACCUUUUUCAUUUAAGCAUUAAUGUUACCUUUUGUAUUGGUGUGUGUGUGAGCUUGUUCUUGUAUAUCUGUUAUAGUCGCUGUGUUUGUUCUCUGAGCUGGAAAUGGGGGCAGUGGGGUGGGGAAGCCCUUGGAUACCACAGCCAAUAACUGGAAGAAAAUUACAUGAAUUUCAGAUGAGAUAGCCAGAGGAAAUAUGUACAAGAUGCUGAUUUUUCUCAGUAUAGACGUUCUUGCAUUUGCCAUACGAUGGAGCAUUAAUCCCGUUCCAGGUAUUAACGACAUGGUGGUUGAAGGUGUUCAAAGUUGGUUAAAGCCAAAACCAGGAAAGACAAAGAGCUUUCAACCUCAUAACUUGUUUCCACUUUUCAGCAUUAGAAAUGGUAAUCUAGUUACCAUUUAAAGACAUUCUUUCUGGCCAUUGUGGACUGAGUACACAGAGAAGAGUUACAUAGCAACUUAACCUAUGGAAAUUAUGCACCCGCUGUUAUAUAUGUUUGAUUUGCUUCAAUAUAUUAUUAUUAUUAUUAUUUUAUUAUUAUUUUAUAAAUUCAUCAGUUCGCUAGUCUCUGCAGUCAGCAGAAACAAAUGGGCAAUAUUUGCCCACGGAGAUCUACAGUGCAGCUUGGAUCCCCUGUUUAAGCUUUCACCAACUCCCCUUUCAUGUUGCAGCUCUUCUACUGUACUUAAAUGGAACCCUUCCUCUGACUGGAGAAUCAAAUGGAGGCCAGCAAGUAAUCAUCACAAAUGUACAGGGGAACAUCUCACUAGUGAUAGCAUGGGUGUGUGUGUGGGGAGGGUCAUGAAAGGACUCCUUUUCCCACUUUGAGUGCAUGAGGAAGGCACUGCAAAUUGCUUGGUUCCGAUCACAUGACAUUUGUUACUAAUGAGCAAAGUUAUUUAGUCUUCCAGUUGAAAGAAAGCGAGAAAGAAAUGCGAGCCUUACCGUGAUCUUGCUACCGUCUUUUUCUAAAGCAAGAAAAUACUACUGGUAAUAAAACUACAAAUAUAAAACAUGUUAAAAAUAAAUAAAAUAAGUUAAAAAAAAAUCUUUCUUCCUGAGGUUUUGGGGUUGAUGCUUGAAGACUAGUGUGUGUUUCUAAAUUUCAUAUUGAUAGUUUAACCGCUUUAAUGCUGGGGGUUGGGAUUUCUCCACAGGCCUCCUGUGGCCUACAACAGGAGAUACUCCCAACCACCAGCAUUUAUUGGGUUAAGCAAAAUGUAUCCUACUGUAGCUGUGCAUUUUUAGGUAUACUCAGCAUUCUGUUGUUCUUGGUGUCCUUCAGUCAUGAUCUCUGGGACAGACAGAGCCAUAGUAUUGCCGGAGUCUCACUGUGCUGUUCCACCACUUCAGCUCCCUCACCCACACUGUGAUCCUCCCAUCCCUUCCCAUGCAAAAUCACAUGUCCUACUUCCAAUAGAUUUGGAAGAAGAGGGCCUUAAAUCAAUAUCUCUCUCUCUCUCUCUCUCUUUCUCUCUCUCUCCAUAUCUAUAUUUGGAAAAUUUGUUGAAAUAUAAAUAUAUAUAUUUCAGCAAAUUUCUGGAGACUGAAAUCCAACUCCCCAGAAUUCAAAGGAAGAAAAAUGUUCUCAAGUGAUAUUCUCGCAUAUAAAAUAAGAAAAAAAAAAUGGUUGAGGUAUAUGUGAUUUUUAUUAGGGAUGUAUGAACCAGUUUUGAAAUAAGUUACUCCAAAUUAAUAAAAAUCAGAACCAAUGAUUCCUUUAAAACUUUACCAGGUGUGUUCUACUUAGUUUAAACAAGUUCACACAUCCCUUAAUUUUUUUUAUUACUAUUAUAAUUAUAAUAAUAAUUAUAUUAUUGUGGGUAUUUUUGGUUUUUGUUUGUUUUGUUGUUUAUUUUUAAUUUUGGGGUUUUUUUUUGUUUGUUUGUUUUUUUUGCAGCUCUCCACACUAAACUGCGCAAUAUUGUGGGGGAGAAGCCAUUACUAAACUAUAUGCUGCAGAACAAUGUAGCGAGUAAUCAAUUCCCAGCAGCCUGCCGGGACAUCUGCUAGCAAUAAUCACUAUUGAUUUAAAGCUUUAUUUAGCCUUUAUCUAUAUCCUAGUAGAUUAUAAGGUCUUGCCACAUUUUAUUGACAUUUUUAUUAGUUGAGUUUGACUGAGAAAACUUUUGUUGUUGUUUUUUUCCCCAAUAUUAAACUGUGAAGUUUAUAACAUGUUUAAACUAUGGGUGAAUCUUAGGCUUAGUUUGCAUGUUCAGCUAAUUUGUCUCUCUCUUAUUUUUGUUUGUUUGAAUCCUUUUAUUUUUCCUUUCUCAGGGCUUUUACAAAAAAAAUGGAUCUUCUGAAAUUCUUUUGUCAGAGUUGCAAUGGACUUAACGAUGAAAUAAUUCAAUCACUACAUUAAGCACUUGACUGUGAAAGCGCAAAAAGAAAAAGAGAACUUAUGUUUGUGACUAUUCUCAAAUGGCUUUUCGGAGCUAUGUGACAGUCUGAUUCCAUUUUCAGAAUGAUUCAUAAUCUUCUCUCCCCUUCUGUGUGUGUGUCUUUCUCUCCCUCUCUCUAUUCAAGAAGGAAAUUUAAUCUUAGUGAUUUCAGCCCAUGCAGGAAACAAUAAUAAAUGUGUAGAAUUCAUAUUUUUUCUAAAGGGAACUUAAACUGCUGCUACAAGUUGUGUACAAGACUGGUUUAUGCCACAUGAACAGAGAAUCACACAUUUGUUUUGGUACUUUUAUUCCUCUCUUUAUUCAGUUGUACAGUACUUCCAAAUUCAAAUUGAAAGUAAACCUGUUCUGUAUCAAACCAUCUAAGCAAUAAAAUGUUAUAUUUAAAAAUUA